CCAAUUAUUGUCAUUAAUUAUUGAUCUAACUUAAAUUCGAUUUAUCAUCAAUUGAUAUAUACAUUUUGUGUGUGCGUGUACGUAUGCGUGUGUGUGUCUGUGUGAAUACUUGAAGUUUCUCACGAUCAAAAACAUUAUCGAUAUAUAUAUAUAACUUUUUUUGCAAAUUAUUCUUAUUUCUGAUAUUUAACGUGUCAAAAUUUAUCUAUGAAAAAUGAUGUUUAACCUCACGUUUAUCAUCGUUGUGAAACAAAAUUAUCGCUCUUACGAUUCGUGCGAUGAUAUGAGCGUAAAAUCUAUAAUUUCACCGAAUUUGCAGAAAACAUAUAAACUUAAUGAAAUUUGAUAAAGGAAAGGAAACUUUAUAAAUCAUCAAUAUCUUAGAUGUGUGCCACUAAUCCACCUUAUGGAUCAAGAUCCUCCGAAAAUUCCGCGGAUGACGCCAGGUUUCAUCAACCACAUCCACCACACCCACCGCCACCUUACAUUUAUUACCCACCACCUUAUCCUCAUUUUCAUCCAUAUUAUCCAUAUCAUCCUGGAUUUUACUCACCGCAUUAUUACAAUGAUAUAUCCCAAGAAUCGAAAGGUUCUCUUGGUUUCUCUUGGUUCAAUAUUGUAUUACUGCUUUUUUUGUUACUGUGCAUCGUUAGCAUUGUUUUCUAUUGGUCUUUGUCUCGCGACACACGGCGAAGAUUAAAUGGCAGAUUGCCCCCUUUAGUGCAACCAGCACAGGUAAACCUGGCUUCCGGCUGCUAGCCGUAUAAUUAUUCCUUUUAUAUUUAUCCUUAGUUUUCCCCGCUAUCGUUACGCUAUAGCGAUUGUUUUGAAAGUAUAAAGAUUGAUUAAUUAUGAAUCGUUUCUAUGUAUAUUAACGACGUUGUUGGAGAAAAAAAUGAUCCGAGAUUUUUCGUAAUAAGUGUAAAGUACUCUUUGAACACUUUCGAUUAAUCUGAAUCGGUGAUUCAAAUUUGUUAGAGCGAAUCAUAGUUCCGGUAUCGUGGAUGACUGUUGCUUGUAAUAUGUUCGUUAUGAGAUAUAAAAUUUAACGAAUUGAACAAAGUAUAGAGACGUGACAGCACAAUAAAGUAAUAUAAAUUUAAAAAUAGAAAAUUGAUUUCGAUAUCAUUCAAUUGUGAUAUUGAAAUUGAAAGUUUAUUAUUAUUUUCACAAGAUUUCCAAAUAUACGUUAAAUGCUCUAUAAAUUUUGAAUCCUUUCUCUGAUCAUUCUAAAAUCCUUCUAAUUGUCAUUAGUUAUAGAGAUGAAAUAGAGAUUUGAAUGAAUAAUGAAAAUUUUCAAUUGAUUUCAAAAAGAUAUAAUUUAAAAAAACGGUGUUUAGAAAAAAUUAAUAAUGAAUAAUAAGUAGAGAACACGAAUAUUAUAUUCGCGAGAACAGGGUCUUUUAAAAAAACGAUUUUCUGAUUUUAAUUGACAGCUAUAAAAAGCUAUGAUAUUUCUGAACCUGUAGACCGUAAAGAGAAGAAAAGAUGCAAAACAGAAUUAUCCUGCUGAAUUUGUUUUAUAUUCUGAUAUAAAUGAUGCACUCGAUAGAGAUUACGAUGUUUUUUGCGAAGGAUGUGAUGAUUCCCUGUCAAGCUCUUCAUCGAAUAAAUAUCAGAAGCAUUCUAUUUAUAAAGGGAACGAAAGUAAGAAUGAAGAUAUCAUAGAAUUUUCAUCAGGAAAAAAAAAAAGUUAAUGAUGCUACAGAUGACGCACUUAUGAAUGAAGUUACUCGAUCAGUUGCCUCUUAGAAUUGAAAAAAAAAGAAAGAAAAAAUGAAGAGAUAAUAUAUGACUAUAAUAAAUUUUAAUAAAAAUAAUAUUAGUACAAAUUUAGCAAAAACUAAUUAACUGAAAUUUAAUGAAACACUAAGAAAUAGACUCGAUCUUGAUGUUCCACUUUUUACUCAUUCAUGGCAUUAUAAAUUCAUGGACGUGAAAUUAAUUAUUAUGAUAGUUUCUGAAAAAAAAAAUUUCAAGAUUACGAAUAAUUGAAUAAAUUGCGUAAAGAAUAAGGUAAUGUAUUUUAUUAAGAUGUAAUUUUUUAUUUAAGAUAAACUCGAUUUCAUAUUCUAUUACCUAUGUAUAGGUAUUGCGUAUUGUUCAUUCAUAUAUUUAUUACAGGUUUACUAUGAUACCUAUUAAUGAAGAUGAAUUAUGAAUCGUAUAUAGAAAAAUCAAAAUCAAAAUAUUGAUAAAAUUCGUUAAAUUUGUUGGAUA